CGCAUGCGCAGUUUUCUGUGUUUUACUCUGGACCGGUGCCUGCCGAAGGCGUUCGGGUUUCUUUGGUUUCGUCUGACAGCAUUGCUUCCUGAGGUAUACAAUGGCCCUGAACGAGAUGGAAGACAACGAACCUGACACAGAUGCUGAGGCGCAAUCUUGUGUGAAUGUGCUUGAAUCCUUCACAGAAAGUCAAGAGGUCCGAGGGUUAAUAUGCAGUCUGUGUGAUAUUCACGGGGACCUGACUGCCAAGGAGAUGGCAACUGAGAAAUUUUUUGUUAUUAUGGACAAAUAUCAGGAGCAGCCGCAUCUUUUGGACCCUCAUUUAGAAUGGAUGUUGAGCUUGCUACUUGAAAUCAUUCAAGAUGAAAAGUCUUCACCAUCCUUGAUUCAUUUAGGAUUUAAAUUUUUGUAUCGUAUCUCAAAGGUGCGUGGCCCCAAGUAUUUUCUUAGAUUAUUUCCUCAUGAAGUUACAGAUGUACAGCCAGUUUUGGACAUGCUGUCUUUACAGGAUCCAAAGGAUCAUGAGACUUGGGAGAUUCGAUACAUGCUGCUGUUAUGGCUGUCUACAACGUGUCUUAUCCCAUUUGACCUAGCUCGACUUGAUGGAAACCUUGCUUCAACCGACUGCCCAACGAAAGUGCCCAUCAUGGACCGAAUUCUCUCCCUUGCAAAGUGCUAUUUGACUGUCAGUGACAAGGCCAGAGAUGCAGCUGCAGUUCUUGUGUCAAAGUUGGUGAUCCGUCCAGACGUCAAGCAAAAGAGACUUGCAGACUUUCUUGACUGGAACCUCUCAACCUUCGCUCAGUCCUCCUACCAGAUAAUGGAAGGCACUAUUGUAAUGGAUGGCAUGUUGCAGUCACUGGCUCAGCUGUUCAAACAUGGGAAAAGAGAUGAUAUGCUGCCUUAUGCUCCCACCGUGUUGAAGUGCCUUGAUAACUCGAACCUCUCAGAUAGCAACCAGACCAUUUUGCGUAAACUGGGGGUGAAGCUUGUGCAGCGAUUGGGUCUGACCUUCCUGAAGCCAAAGAUCGCCAAGUGGAGGUACCAGCGGGGAAACAGAUCUCUGGCUGCCAAUCUUGGAAAGCCAAUUCCAGUGCAGCCUAUCGCAGAUGAGAGCAAGGCAGACCUUGACCCCGAUGAUGAAGACUAUGAUAUUCCAGAGGAAAUUGAGAACAUAAUUGAACAACUGCUAGUUGGAUUAAAAGACAAGGAUACCAUAGUGCGGUGGUCUGCGGCAAAAGGCAUCGGCCGAGUCACUUCAAGGCUUCCGAAGGAGCUGGCUGACGAGGUGGUUGGCUCGGUGCUGGAGUGCUUCAGCUUCCAGGAAACGGACAAUGCUUGGCAUGGGGGAUGUCUAGCACUAGCAGAACUCGGCAGGAGAGGACUGUUGCUACCGUCACGCCUGCCAGAUGUGGUUCCUGUCAUCCUCAAAGCCCUGAUCUAUGAUGAGAAAAGAGGCGCUUGCAGUGUGGGCUCCAAUGUCCGAGAUGCAGCCUGCUAUGUCUGCUGGGCUUUUGCUCGUGCCUAUGAGCCUUCAGCAUUAAAGCCAUUUGUGAAUCAGAUUUCCAGUGCCCUGCUGAUCGCUGCUGUAUUUGAUCGCAGUGUGAACUGCAGGAGGGCGGCAUCGGCUGCCUUCCAGGAAAAUGUUGGGCGGCAGGGUACCUUCCCACAUGGCAUUGACAUUCUCACCACUGCAGAUUACUUUGCUGUUGGGAUUCGGACAAACUGCUUCUUAACAAUCAGUGUGUAUGUGGCCAGCUUUGCAGAGUAUACCAAACCCAUGAUAGAUCAUUUGGUGGACAAGAAGAUCAAUCACUGGGAUGGGGCAAUUCGAGAGCUGGCUACUAAAUCCCUGCAUAACCUCACUCCACUGGCUCCAGAAUACAUGGCACACACAGUUAUACCAAAGCUGUUGCCCUUGACUGUGGGUAUGGAUCUGCACACCCGUCAUGGAUCAAUCCUGGCAUGUGCAGAAAUUACACACGCACUUUACAGACUGGCAGCAGCACAGGACAGGAGCGUGGGUACCUACCUCUCCGACGAGGCUCUGGAAGGGCUAAGAAACAUUCAUUACAAGCUUGCAGAGAGACAGCUGUACAGGGGGCUUGGUGGCGAAUUAAUGAAGCCUGCAGUGUGCUUGCUCAUAGAAAAGCUCUCAUUGUCUCGGAUUCCCUUUAAGGAGGAUGAUAUUAUUAGAGAAUGGCAAAAGCUUAUUGAUGACAGCUUCAAGAACCUGCACCUGUGCUCUUCAGCUGCCAAGCCGAAGAUAAAGGAUGCUGCCGUUUCUGCCCUUGCAGCUUUAUGUGAUGAAUUCUAUAAGCGUGAAGAUGGGACUGCCAUUGUCGAAGUGCAGGAGGAUCUAGUGAGGCGAUACGUCUCGGAGCUGGAGAACCUGGAGGAGAUGACUCGUUGUGGCUACGCUCUGGGCCUGGGGGCGCUGCCCCACUUCAUGCUCCAUGGAAGACUAGUGCAGGUGCUGGAAGGUUUGCGGAAAGCUGCCAGCAUCAGUGCCAAAGAUGCCCGCUUUGCUGAAGCUCGUCGAGAUGCUCUUAUUGCCAUAGCACGGGUUUGUGAAUCGGCAGGAGUGAGUCCUGAAGGCCCAGCUGAUUCCGUCGUGUGUGCGGGCAACGUCCCCUUGAUAUAUGGCACCCUGCUAGAAGGGGUCCGUGACUACACCGUGGACAGCCGAGGGGACGUGGGAGCGUGGGUGCGGCAGGCUGCCCUGACCAGCUUAAUGAAGGUGACGCUGCUUCUUGUCCAGAGCUGCCCAGAGCUCAUCACACCAGACAUCUCAUCCCAGAUGUUCUGCUGUCUGGCCCAGCAGUCGGCCGAGAAGAUCGACUGCUUCCGCGCACACGCCGGCCACGUCUUCCUGACGCUCCUGCACUUUGAAAGGCCCGCCGUGCCGCACAUUCCGUACCGGGAGGAGCUGUUAAAGAUUUUUCCCAGUACCGACAUUGAGACUCUGAACUGGAAUGCACCGUCUCAGGCCUUUCCUCGCAUCACACAGCUGCUGUCGCUGCCCACCUACCAGUACCCGACUUUGCUUGGGCUCACCGUGUCGGUGGGGGGGCUAACAGAGUCCACGGUUCGCCACUCGGGCCAGUCUCUGUUCAGUUACCUGGAGACCAUCAAGCAGGACAGAAGAGCCUUGAGCGAGUUCAGCAGCACCCUGCUGCGUAUCUUCAGGGAUCAUCAGCGCAACGACAGGGUGUCCAUCCCCCUGCUCAAGAUGCUUGACCAGAUGUUAGCCAAUGGAUGCUUUGAGGUCUUCACAGCAGAAGACAAUCACAGCUUCAGUGUUGACCUGCUUGGGCUCUGCAAAGAGGAAAUCAAAAAGUCCAAGGACAUCCAGAAGCUUCGCUCCAGCAUAUUCGUGUUUUGUGGGCUGGUGCAGUUCCAGGGGGACGUGAGGAAGAAGGUGCUUUUCCAGCUCUUGCUGCUCCUGUGCCAUCCCUUCCCUGUGAUCAGAACAACUACAGCCAGUCAGCUGUACGAGACCCUGCUGAUGUAUGAUGAUGUCAUUGACCCCGGGGUGAUAGAGGAGGUGAUGAUGAUCCUCAGUGACACUAACUGGGAAGCUGAACUGCCGGAGGUCCGAGAGCAAAGGAAUCAGCUGUGCGAGCUGCUGGGGGUGCAGAAGCCCGUCUUGGUCACUCAGGUAAGGGCCAAUCGGAGCAGUCGUGAAACGUUUGCCUCAACUGUCCAUUGGAGGCGUCAUGUGGGUCAGCCAUGACCCACUUGGCAUGGUGAACAUACCUGUGCUGUACUUUGAGGAGUGGCACAGAUCAGCACAGUUAGUCACACGUCACGCAGGAUCGACUCUCAAAGCCUUUUCGUUUGCUUAUUAAGAACAUCUGAAUGUUUUAUGUUGUUAGUAAUUGGAUCAAAACAGGGCUACCCCUAAUGGAAGGACCACCUGGAUGGUACCACAGGGGCGACUGGAGCCAGUUAUGAAGUAGCAAAGCCUCAGGUUAUUGUGGGCAGUGAAGUGUGGUCUCCCACAUCUUUACUAAAGUGGACCGUCCACAGCGGUCUGCCCUCUCGGCUCCAAGGCCUUCCUACUUUCAGGAAACUACGUCCUCACGCAGGAGUGUAAGCAGUUACGCCGAUUCAUAUCAAGCAGGACACCCAGCCCUGGUCUGGGGGCAUCUGCUGGCCUGACUUGGGUGUAUGGACUGCUGCCUCACUGGGCACAACUCGCACUCCAUUCCCUGGGCACCCCCUGCCCCUUUUGCACCUGUGGAAUGUGCAUUCAGUGUCUGUUCCCGAGCCAUACAAUGAUGAAAUGUGACGAUAAAACUGAAACCGAACAAUAAAAGAACACAAACAGUUAGGUACCCGUAAUAAAUGCCCACAGUGGCAUCACAUAUCACAGGGAUAGCAUCAGGCCUGCUGCAGCUUCCGUUUCUAAAGGUAAAGUUUUCCCUUCCGGAUACUCAAGUAAUCGGUUAGCAGCAGUGCCACUCGCUGGCACAGACCCAUGUGUCAUUUCAGCUGCCACUGCUCUGCCCAUACGACGAUGUUGUUACUUAAAAGCACAGACUUUAGGCUCCGUUUUUUGCCCUCGCUGGCUUGGUGUUAAACCCUGAAGAUGGAGACCUUUGACGCGCCGCAAAGGUGCUUUAUUUCCAAAACCGCUGGCUAAGCAGAGAUUUGAAAACGCAGACUCUAAUCGUGGUCUGAUUGGCUGUGCUUAUGACAUACGCGCCCUCUGUGAUUGGUUACCCUGCAUGGAAGAACACCGCAUUCCAACAUGGCGGCCAGGGGCCGCUGCUUUCCGUGGCACUUGUUGUGUUGCUGGCCUUUAUGCCUCUGAAUGGCGUCUUGCACAGUUUGAAUGCUGCAUACGUUUGUAAGACAGAAGUCGUCUACAGACUGCUACAAUCUGGAGAUGAAGCCCAAGACUGGCAGCAUUACUGACCCUUAAAGUGCCUGCGCAGGCGGGUGGCGGUGAACGGCUGCAGCUCUUUUACUGUGAGGCUGUCCUCCAUGAUGUGACGGAAAGUGUUUUUUAAUUUAAAGAGGCCACCAGCAAGCGGCCUGUCAUGUCUGCUCAGUACAUCCAAGUGAUGCCAGGUGUGUG